GGGGAAUCCGAGCCCAGCCCAACCAACGAAGGCUCCUCCUUUGGUUUAUAGCCGAGGCGGAGCCAGCGGAGGAGGCGGUGCUGCUUUGCUUUGCUUCGCGGGAGGGGAAGCCGGCCACCUUCCUGCUGCCGGCGUCGGCGUCGGCCGCGUAUCCGCCCGCAGCGGCAGGCCCCGCCGCCUCCGACCUCCUCUCCGGCGAGCUCGGCGACUCCCUCGCCGCGGAAUCCGACGCUCCUCCCGCUUCCGCACGCCCGCAGGUGCAGAGAUACCUCGUCAUGUCAGCUUCUGUAGAUAGUGCACGGAAGGGGUGCAGCUGUGGCAGCUCCAAAUGGCAGAACUUCAGCACCAAAUGCCUGAACAGAAAGUGCGGUUGUUACAAGGAUGGUGUGCGUUGCAUGCUUGGGCGAUGCAAGUGCAAGCGCUGCAAGAACAAUCCGGAUCAGCUGGCCUAUGAGGGUGGCAAGGGGUGCACGUGCAAAUCCAACAAAUGCAAAAUCAUGACCUGUGGUUGCCGGGAGCGCGGGGCCAGGUGCACCUUAGAAUGCAGUUGCCAAGGGUGCGAAAAUGGAAAAGGGACCGGAGGGGAAGCAGCUGAUAAGUCCGAUGCUGGACCAGGAGGGCAGGGAGGUACCAUCAGCAGCGACAAGGCCGUCGAAUCAUCCAGCAAACGGGCAAAACUCAAGUGAUGACAGUAGGCUUGAGACAUACCAGAGCAUGAUGCAAGUCACCUUACAUACUUACCAUCCUCGAGACAUACCAGAUCAUGAUGCAAGUCACCUUACAUACUUACCAUCCUCAAGACAGUAGGCUUCCUUCGUUGUAAUGAUUACUCGAAGCAAGAGCGGCGAGAACUCCAUGAUCUGCGAUCUCGUUAGCCUCAGGGGGCUUUGGUGGAUCCCUAGCUCUUGAUCAGACUGAUGAAUACUUGAUGCAUAUAUAUACUCCUGUAGGGAUCGUUGCCCUCAUCGGUUGCCGUCCAUACUCGUUCUUAUGCAUACAUACUUGCUGCAAA